CCCUUUUCCCCCUCAGCCCAAUGAUUAUCAAUCUCGUCCGCUUGGUUGCAUUAUCGGAUAUGCAUUGUAAGCUCUACCGUAAUAGAAGCCUUAAAUGAUGCUAAGAGUCGGUUUUGGUCUAUUCCAGACGAUGACUAAGUCAAGUGAACUUAUAGAAUCUGCACAUGAACAAGUAACAUCAAUCGUGGGGAUGCUUGCUUUGAUUUCUUUCCUCUUUCCUCUUUCUGAGUUUUUGUAUUUGUUAAAAUUGUCGUUCAAGCUUUAACUAGCUCCAACGUGAAGAGAAGUUAACUAUGUCAUCUGAACUCGAAAGCUAUGCUGGGUUUGAGGCCACAUUUAUUGGCUUCCUCUAUCGACAAUUUACUAAACCAAAGCCCGUGCCGGCAGGCACUGAUCUCACGGACCAAGUUGCCAUCAUUACGGGAAGCAAUACAGGGCUCGGUUUUGAAGCAUGUCGACAGUUUCUAAAGCUUGGAUUAUCUCGUCUAAUCAUGGCCGUGCGCUCACAAGCGAAAGGCGACGAGGCGGCUGACCAACUGCGAAGUGAAUUUCCGACAUCUAACAUAUCUGUUUGGACCCUCGAAAUGGAAUCGUACGACUCUAUCCGUGCCUUCGCAGACCGGUGUGCAACCCUGCCACGCAUCGACAUAGUUCUCCUGAACGCCGCCCUGAUGAAGAUGGCUCAUACGACGGUACCCGCCACUGGUCACGAGCUCACGAUGCAGGUGAACUACCUCUCGACGGCGCUUCUAGCUAUCCUACUCCUUCCCAUACUUAAAUCCAAAAAGGCUAUCGGUGCCCAAAGACCUCCUGUUCUUAGUAUUGUGGGGUCUGACCUGGCGUAUCGGGUGGACAUUGAAACCAAGGGCCCUAUACUACAGCAGUUCGACAAGUCCGAGGGUUAUGGUCAAAUUCCCUGGUACUCCAGAUCUAAAUUAAUACUCACGUUCUUCGUUGCUAAACUCGCCGAGUUUGUCGAUGCCGAUGACGUCCUCAUAAACAUGUCGAACCCCGGGACUAUCAAGGGCACGGCAUUUUUCCGCGAAUUCCCCACACUUGCCGGGAAAGUGGUAGCUGUUAUCCAUUUUCUCUUCGCAAGGCGAGUAGAGGUCGGUGCUACUAUGUAUCUUGAUGCGACUAUCGUUCAAGAUAAAGAAGGCCAUGGAAGUUUUAUUAGCGAUUGGGCUAUCAAACCAUAUCCCCUGAUCUGGUAUGGGGCGGAAGGCAAAGAGCUCAAUGAAAGGCUAUGGGAGGAGACAAUGCAGGAGCUAAACUUCGUUGGCGCGUCGAAGAUUAUAGAGGACAUGAAAGCACGAUGACGAGCAAUGACGAUAUUGAACAGAAAAAGGGUACCUAGUAUACCAUGUAGAAGUAUCCGCACCUUAUAAUAAAGUAUUAUUGUGGUGAAUCUCUAUCUAUCCGUAAUACUUUAAGACUACCUAGGUAUAAUAUAUUGCUUUUUUUCCCUCA